AUGAUGUUUUCUUGGCGACGCCGGAGGGCUACCCGGAGGAUGGCUAGAGGAGGCGGCGGCGGCGGCGGCAGCAUGGCGGAGCUGACGAUCCCGAGCCAUUUCCUGUGCCCAAUAUCGCUGGACUUGAUGAAAGAUCCAGUCACCAUGUCCACCGGCAUCACCUAUGAUCGAGCCAACAUUGAGACAUGGAUUGAAGGAGGCAAUUUCAGCUGCCCCUUCACUAACCAACCUUUGCACACCAUUGAUUCCAUUCCUAAUCACAAUAUAAGGAAGAUGAUCCAAGCUUGGUGCGUCGAGAAUAGGGCUCAUGGGAUCGAGAGGAUUCCGACCCCGAAGGUCCCCGCCAGCCCCGUGCAGGUUCGGGAGAUUCUCGACAAGAUUGCCGCUGCGGUCGGGCGGGAGGAUUGUGAGGGAUGCAAGUCCUUGGUUGAGAAGAUCAAGAUAUUGGUACAAGAAAGUGAAAGGAACAAGAAAUGCAUUAUUGCCAAUGGAACAGGAAAUGUAUUAUCGUCCGCAUUCGAAGCGUUUUCGAAACCCGAACGAUUCGAGAAAAGGGUCGAGAUUUUAGAAGAAAUCUUAUGGACGAUGGCAAUGAUCUUCCCUCUACAAGAAGAAGCCAUUAAACAUCUAAAAUCAGAAGCUUCAAUGCAAGCAUUGGUGUGGUUUGUAAGAGGAGAAGACAAAUCAAGAAGAAGAAGUUCAAUUUUGGUAUUGAAAGAGAUAAUUUCAUCGUACCCUGAAAAAGUAAGCGAAUUAGGAGAAAUCCAAGGAGUAUUAGAGGGUCUUAUGAAGCUCAUAAAAGAACCCAUUUGUUCAUCUUCAAAAAAGGCCUCACUUUUCAUAACAUAUCAUGCCAUAGCCUCUUCUUCCAAUCAAGAGGGCUUCACAAAGGCAUUUCUUCAAAUGGGGUUGGUCCCUUUGCUACUCGAAACCCUCGUAGACGCCGAGAGAAGCGUAUGCGAGAGGGCGUUGGGAGUGUUUGAUGGCAUUUGCGAGACCAAACGAGGAAGAGAAGAGGCGUACGCGCAUGCUUUGACGAUGCCCGUGAUUGUGAAAAAGAUACUUAGAGUGUCGGAUUUGGCGACCGAGCUAUCGGUGUCGAUCGUUUGGAAGCUCGUAAAGCACGAGAGUAGAGAAGGAGAAGAUGAAGAUGGAGGAGUUAAAGUAGAAGCUCUUCAAGUUGGAGCAUUUCAAAAGCUAUUGUUGUUGUUGCAAGUUGGUUGUAGUGAAUGGACAAAGGAGAAAGCAACUGAGCUGUUGAAACUCUUGAAUAAUCUUCAUAGGGAAAGGUUAGAAUGUAUUGAUUCUUUGGAUUUUAAGGACCUCAAAAGAACCUUUUGAUUCUAAAUUUACUUACAUUAUUCAUGUUUUUU